CGCAAUUAUAACAGUGGCGACAGAGUUGACGAACCAUGACUGACGAAUAUGCCGAUUUAAAAUUGAUGCUGCAGCAACAGCUUAAAUUGAUGUCCGUGCUAACCGAAAAGCUUUCCAGUUCUUCCCUUCAUGCAGGUCCGAGCGCCAAUUCUCAGUCAGUGGACCAGGUGGUUAGCGGCAUCAGCGAAUUUCUGUACGACGCCAAGGCCGGGGUAACGUUCGAAUCCUGGUACAAGCGGUACGAGGACCUGUUCACCGUUGACUUGGCUUGCCAGGACGACGCGUGGAAGGUCCGCCUGCUUCUGCGCAAACUUGGUACCCUCGAACACCAGCGCUACACCAAUUUCAUCUUGCCGAGGAACCCACGGGACGUUACCUUUGACGACACGGUCCGAACGUUGUCACAGAUUUUUGGCGAGCAGUCCUCUCUGUUCAAUGCUCGUUACCAAUGUCUGCAGCUGGUCAAACGUGAUGCCGACGACUUCAUCACGUACGCGGGCGUGGUCAACCGUGAAUGCCAACGUUUUCAACUUGGCUCGCUCACCGAGGACCAAUUCAAAUGCCUGAUCUUCGUCUCUGGCCUCCAGUCUCCACACGAUGCCGAUAUCCGGACGCGCCUCCUGUCCAAGCUACAACAGGAUGGAUCAGUCACACUCCAGAACCUGGCCGAGGAGUGUCAAACGCUGCUCAACCUGAAGCACGAUUCUGCCAUGAUCCAGAACGCCGCCGCACCUGGUAUGGUCCAGGCAGUCACAGCACCGAGGGCGCAAUCGUCCGCGCGCCCAACCCAAUCCGACCGAGCGAAGUCCCCACCCUACGCGUGCCGAUUCUGUGGUGCCUGGCACUUCCACCGGGACUGCAAUUUCCGCCAGCAUCGUUGUCAACGUUGUGGCAGGGUGGGGCACCGGGAUGGUUACUGCCAUCCUCCAUCUCCCAAGGGGGCCAAAACUGGGCUGGCCCCCACCCGCGAUCCAAAGAAGAGGUCCCGACCCAGACGCACACCCAAACCUGGUCCGGUUGGCAGCUCCCUGAGCCUGCUGGCCACGUUCCAAAUCAACGCUGCGGAUCGGAGAAAGUUCGUCGACGUCCUGAUCAACGGUCAGUCGGUCCGAUUGCAGUUGGACACUGCGUCGGACAUCACGAUCAUCUCCGAGGAUCUCUGGCGAUCCAUUGGCAAGCCCCCAUACGAACCGACCUCCCAAUCUGCCACCAGCGCCUGUGGUGGUCGCGUGCAGCUAACUGGGCAGCUGCACUGCUCCGUCUCCUUCCGGGGCGCCACGUUCAACGCGAUCUGCUACAUUACAAAGGCGAAGCUCAACGUGCUUGGUCUCGACUGGCUCGAAACCCUUGGCUUGGCCGAUCUUCCUCUUCGGGCCAUCUGUAACGUGGUACAUACUCCGACAGUGCCAAACGACCGAACUGACGACAAAGCCAGUCAAUCCGCCCCCGUGUUCCAGCAUUCUCAACAAGCCUCAAAGAUGCCACCACACCAAUCAUCAGUUCCUUGGCAUCCGCCAGCAAAACCGUGGUCUCGUGUGCACAUCGAUUACGCUGGUCCUAUCGAUGGCAUUUCCUAUCUGGUCGUGGUCGACGCCUAUUCCAAAUGGCCGGAAGUGGUCGCCGUCAACCCACCAACCGCAUCCGCCACUCUGGCUUGUCUCCAACGAAUCUUCAGUCAACAUGGCCUUCCCGAGGUGUUGGUGUCCGACAAUGGUACCCAGUUUACGUCUUCCGUCUUCGAAGACUUUUGCCGCCGACACUGCAUCGAACACCUCCGCUCACCGCCGUACCAUCCCCAAUCCAAUGGUCAAGCGGAGCGAUUUGUCGACACAUUCAAGAGGGCGCUUUUGAAAUCUCGCGGGGAGGGGACCGUGGAUGAGUGUCUUCAAGCCUUCCUGCUCUCGUACCGGUCCACACCGAACCCAGCUACGCCAGAAUGCCAGUCACCAGCUGAAGCAUUGAUGGGCCGCAAGCUACGCACCACAAACGAUGCACUCAUUCCGACUGAGAAG